UGUUUGAUGUGUAUUUAGUUGGUAUUUGAUUUGUGUGUGUGUAGAUACGACCACAAUACUCUGAAUCACUGUCGUCUCUCUAAUGUUAGGGAUUCAGCGAGCAUGUUCUGUAAAUAUUUAUUUUUUUAAGAUGUACAUUUAUUUUGACUAGCAGAAAGGUUUGGAUCAACAAUUUCAAGUUUUCGUUAGACAUCAUACGUGUCUGUAGAUUGCCAGAAACAUAUUGAAACUAACCAAUCCUCUAGCAGAUGUCAUUAAAAAUGAACUAUGCGUCGGGGCUAUAUUAAACAGAGUUCAUUUGAUAAUUAGCUAUGUGAUUGAUGUAGGUGUGAUGAAUAUAAACGAAAAAAAAAAGCUGUAAGCCACAGUGUUAAGUUUGUGAGGGAUAGAAACCGCAUCUGUCAAACAGCAUUGCUAACAAUUAUCUGAAAGUUGGAGUCGCCUCAUCAUCAUCAUCAUCAUCAUCUUCAUCAUUUUGUGAAAGUGUGUGACUGUGUAUGAACAAUCUAGUUGAACUUUACUUGGUCGAGUGAGCGUCUAAUAAAAAUGUGUAGAACGGGGUCAGCAGAAACACAUGCAGUGAAUGUAGAAUGUAAAUGUCAAGAUAAUCCUAACCAGCUGCUGUUGGUCACAAUAUCGAUCCUAUAUUACUGCAGGCGAAAGUGAGAUGUGUAAUUACACAUCUGUUGCAUUACACAGUAGGCUAUGCUGUCAAUGACUAUACUAACACAUUGUUUGUUUGUUUUUUUCGUUUUGGAAUACAGACACAGCUUCUAACAAGGACAUGUUACAACGUCUGUUUCAGCUUCUAACAAGGACAUGUUACAACGUCUGUUUCAGCUUCUAAUAAGGACAUGUUACAACGUCUGUUUCAGCUUCUAACAAGGACAUGUUACAUCGUCUGUUUCAGCUUCUAACAAGGACAUGCUACAACGUCUGUUUCUGCGAAAGACGUCCUCAACACUGUUGAGUUAAAACGUUUUAAAGAAGGCCUUUCAAUACUUCUCCAAUAACGUUUUAAUCAAUGUUGAAUUUUGUAUAACCACCAAAGGAUGUUUGAUCUGAUCACGUCACUACUGCUGUUUCAAAUAUGUACAAAUAUUGUCAAGGCAGAGUCUACGUUUAUUCUACAAGAGUACCAACAGAAUGCCAGUGUCACUUCUUGCACUGAGGGACUUAUUAGCUCUGUCGACAAGAUAGUCUAUAACACAUCUAUAUACCUCUCCAGGUUUGAUCAAAGCGUCAGAUUCUUUGCUUAUGAUAUAAGCAAGUCAGAUGAAGAAUUCCAUACAGUAUGUUUUCUGAAAAUACCCAAUCAAUGUAACAGCUAUGAGUACAACCAUAUUUGCUACUGUGAGCCCACAUUUGACACUACAAUCUACAAUAUGCUAGUGAACGUUACUUCUGAGAACUCGUACAAGAUGUUGAGGUUUGCUGCGACAUUGAAUGAUUACACCAAACUGUAUUCAGAGCCAAAGAAACUUCCUCGAAUUGUGGAUAAGGCUAAAUUCACCAUGAGACUAUUCAUCAACAAUGAAGAAAUGGAUGUCACCAACUGCUCUGCAACUGUCAACAGUUCUCAGCUGAACAUAACUAGCAAAUGUGUAGACACACCCUCACCUUGCUGGUUGGAAGCAUUUGAUACAAUAAGAAACCAAAGCUUGCUUCAAUCGGAACAAUCAUUAGAAGUUUUACAUGAGUUCAGCAAGUCUACGCAAGAGGAGAUAGAGCUUAGACAAAACGUCUGUCACCUGAAAUACGUUGGUGUGGUUUAUUGUACUAUUCGAAUAGAAUACCAGGAAGAGUACCAGGUAAAGACUGUUGCUCUAAUCGUCAUUGUCACAUCUAUUACCGUGAUAAUCGCUUUAGGAGUAUUAAUAAUUGUAAUCAAGAAAAGUAAGAAUGGAGUACAUAGUAUAUUCAGAAAAGGCAGGCCCGAGAAAGUGGAGACGGAUACAAUGUUAAACUCUGCAAGUUGCUAAUGCUAAGAUAAUUGCUGUGUUGAACUUUCCAGGUUUGGCUUUCUACAGGGACCAGUGUAAUUAUGCACUAUUACCGUAUGUUUACCCAGAUAAUAGGGUAACAUUGUAACAUUCAGGAUUGUGACGAAGCUUUUAGACACGUAUAUUAAUGUGCUCUUUAUACCACUAAACUUGUUACAAACAAACUCACGAAUGCCGUUUAGGGUACUAGUUUUAAUCGUUAAAACUUGUAUCCAUUUUUAUUUAUAUAAUUAGGUAUGCUAUAAAUUUAUAUUUAAAGCUUCUCUAAUUUUUUUUUGUAUUUCGAACUGGACCAAAAUAAGAAAAAGCUAUAAAAAUGUACGUAAUUCUUCUAAUUUAUAUUUAUAACAUCCGAAUAUUUUUAGCGGCCCCUAAAUGGGUAAUAGACGCUAUUAGUUUGUGUGGUCUUUCUUUCCGUCAGUUCACCCGUCCGUCCGUCCUGUUUAGAUCGCGUAAAGUAGAAAAGAUAUUGAAAAUCAGACAUCAUGAUAUUUUAGACCUUUUAUAUUUCUCAUGCAACGGCUAUUUUUUUCUUUUCUCAAAGCGAAAAAUUAAAUUUUUUAAAUCAACUAUGUAAGCAGAUUCUUUAUAAAAAUCACCAUUAUUCACUAUUAAUUGUAACAAACACUGGAGGCUAUUUGGUAAGGGGGAUAAUAAUUUACCAUAUUUUUAACGUAUUUAUGCAAACGAUUUUAGAUUGUUGCUAAUUUUAUUUUUACAAAUAUAUUAUAAAGUUAUGUAAGUUCUGUCAUACUACUAAUAAUAAUAAGGCUUGUCUUCGAGUCCGAAGAUUAAUGAGGAAUGCAGUAUUUCCCGUGGCUGCGCAGCCCCAGCUUUGAACUACAUAUUUUGCCAAAUCCAGGACAAGCAUAGGCCUACUAACUACUAAAUUCUAUAUAGAAAAUUUCUAUUCAAUAUGCAUAUGCGUGAAACAAAAUUUAUUUUAAAUACCAAUUAAUAAGUAGUUUUCUCAUAUUAUCACGUGAGCUGCACGGAGAUGUUGUUUUUUUUUUUUUUUGAGGCUUCGAAUAAGAGAUUGACCCUUUACAAAACAACUAGAUCCAUUAGAUAAUCAUUAUAUGACAUUAGCUAAGCCAGGUUCACAUCUAACUUCAUCUUCACUUUCACCUAUCCCUUGGUCUGCUGGACCUUUGAGGUACCACACAAAAUCUGUCAUCCCUCUUUUCCAUUCAUCUUUGUCAUUUGCGUUUGACAGAAUUUAAUACCGAUAUUCUUGAUGAAAAUAUUGAAACCUGCCUUUUUACCGGCCUGGGUGGACCACUUUAGGUGCCGAUUUUAAGUUUGUGUUUCUACACAAACUGUCUUUAUAACCUUGUUUUUUUUUUUAAUAACUUACCUGUAACCUAAGUAUUUUAAUAUCGCUUGCCAAUGUUUUGAUGUGGAAUUAAAGUUAAUAUUCAGUUAAGUAUAGGAUUGUACUUACUUUUGGCAGGAUCACACGCUUUAAAAGGACAAGAAAUAGCUAUCUCUUUUUUAGGUUAACACGAGUAAUAGACCUAGAUCCAGAUCUUAAAGAAAUGUAUAUAUAUACUUUGCGUUUAAAGAAUAUCUCUCUGUAAAUAAAGAGCGGAUCCUCUUUUUGUCAAUGGACCUCAUUCACCAAUCGUAAAUAAACAUCAUUUGUGCUUCUCUAUCUCGUCUAUACACAUUACGAUCUUAUUUAAUCAGCAAUGGCUAUCACGUGACAGUUUUUUUUCGUAGUUUUAUCAAUAUAAUCGCGAGACACUUCAUUUUGGUGAAUGAGGUCCAUUCCGUUAGUUGGAAAAUGUACUGUUAGAUAAUCCCCAACAGCUUUAAAUCAAUAUUUUAUAUUUUUGUAAUUAUAACAAAUCUACGAAUCUGUCCACAGUUAAUACCAAUUACAGGUACCUGCAUGGUUAGAACUGCGAGCAUUGUGUAUACAUCUAUAAAGCCCUCAAUGUUCAUAUAUAACAUUAUACGUGUCUCAUAGGAAAUCAAAUCGUUUACGAAGUUUCCCGUGACAGUUUUCGUAAUUUCUUUUUAAUGAUAUUCUUGAGAUGCCGGCGAGCGCUAAUUUCAAAGUAUUUUAUUUUGAAUAGUUUUUUUUUUCUAAAAAGAGCAACGCUCAUGCUUCUAGCUUGCUCAGUGCGUUACGUCAGUGGCGUAGCUAUGAAUGAGGUAGUUCCGGAUCUCUUCUCAGUCACGUGGGUGUGUUGUUUACAUUAAUGACCUCAUCGAUUUAACUGUAAUUUAAACAUGAAAAUAGUCUAGAUCUAGACAUCUUAAAGUCAUAAAAAGUAUGUUACAAUAAUUCACUAAUUUUCAUGAUUAUUUAGUAGGUCUACUAGAUCUAGGUUAGCACUAGAACUAGAUCUACAUCUUAUCAUAGGAAGAUACUGCACAACUGGUUGCCUAGAGAGUUUCAUCUACACAAAACUUUACUUUAUGUAUUAAUAACCUUUCAAAGUGUCUUGCGCCAGUAUUUUGGUGAAUUUAUUUAUUUUGGCUUCAUACACGAACCGAUGCUGUACAAGUAUGGACGUCACCACCUAACUUAUUUUUAGCGUCCCCCGAAAGGGGAAAAGACGCUAUUAGUUUUGUGUAAAAUGUCUGUCCGUUUGUCCGUCCGUCCCGUUUAGAUCUCGUAAACUAGAAAAGAUAGUGAAAACCCGACAUCACAGUAUUUUAGACCAUUCAAAGUUCUGAUGCAUCUCUUUAUUUUUCUGAAAGCGAAAAAUCUAAUUUUUUAAAUCACUUAUGCAAGCAGAUUUUUAAAGAGAAAAAGCUAUUUAGUAUGCAUUAUAAGUUAGACCUAAUUUAAAACGAAUAGUAAUCUUGUAAACUGCAUUUUCUUAUCCCACAUUGCGAAUGUCCAUUUAUCCAGUACUUCAAGUAUCUAAAUUAGAGAUUGAGCCUUUUCAAAACAAUUACAUCAAUAAUAAGACUUCAGUAAGCCAGGGGAGGCGCGGUUGUUGAGCGGUCCCGGGUUCGAAUCCUUUUGAAAACUGGGAUUUUCAACUUCGGAGUCCACCCAGCUCUAAUGAGUACCUGACAUUAGUUGGGAAAAAGUAAAGGCGGUUGGUCGUUGUGCUGGCUACAUGACACCCUCGUUAACCGUAGGCCACUAAAACUUUACAUCAUCUGCUCUAUAGACCACAAGGUCUGAAAGGGGAACUAGUUAGGCCAGGCUAAAAUUUAACAUUGCAUUCACUUGCACCUAUCCUUUGAUCUGCUGGACCGUUAGGGCACUACACAAGAUCUGUUAACCUUCAUUAUCCAUUCUUUUCUCUCAUUUGUCUUUGAUAUAAUUUCAUUCGGAUGUUCUUUCUGAAAAUAUUGAAGCCUGCCUGGGUGGACCACUUCGGGGGCCGAUUUUGAGUUUGUGUUUCCACACAAACUGUCUUUGUAACCUUGUUGUUGUUUUUUUUUGUUAUGUUUCUUUUUUCACAUCGUGCAUGCAAUAAUUUCAUCUAGUCUUGGUAAACGUCUUCUGGUUAUUAUUUCUACACCCAGUGAGAUGUAUUAUCAAUAGUAACACUUAAAAGUUUACACUUGAAUGUUAUUCAUUGUUCGCUAACCAAUUAUCAGAGUGUUAGUGUUACUUAACAUUCAUGACCAAAUUAUACAAAUAUUUAUGUAGAUUGUGAAUAUAAUAUUACUUUUUUUUUUUUUAUCUAUCACAUACGUGCAGGUUGCAUUUGAUGCUAAUGCUAAUGUGUCCAGGAAACAUGCAUGCAUUUACAUAUAGAUCUUUUUAUUUAGAUUUUAUUAUUUUUUUUAUGCAAUAAAUGACAUCAUGUUUAGACAUGAAGAUUAUUCAUAUAAGAUAUUCUAGUCUUAAUAUAUUUUUGUGGUCUGGCAUUCUUUUUUUUUCUCCUCAUUUGUUUAUUACCAAUCGCUGUUUGUAUCUAUGAUUUUGCUUUUUGUAUUGUGAAUGAAUAGAUUGUUUUUAAUGCAUAUUAAAUUAUUUGUGGAUGGCAGUAUUCUGCUAAUAGCAGCUAAUUUUGUGUCAAUGUUUACGUACAUCUAGAAACACUAAUUUUUUAGCGGCUUCAGCAAGGGGAAAAACCGCGAUUAGGUUUGUGCAAAAUUUCUGCCAUCCCCCGUCGUCCAGCGGGAGGUUUGGAAAACGAAGAUAAAUAUCUUUCACUUUGAAGGAACAUCCGAAACAUGUACAACCGAAAAAGAACAACAUUUUUUUUUACAACAGCAUAUGACUCUUUGAAACAUUAUUACUUUUGACAAUCAAAAUUAAAUCACGUCUUGAAUAUUCCUUGCGAAUAGGCAGAUCCGACAGGGAUCCGACAGGGACCGCCUCUGUGUUUGUGUGAAAACACAAACUCUCAUUGUAAUCUUACAAUUUAUAAUAAAGUACUUCCCGGCCAUUUAGUGUAUUAGUUACUACAAACUUGUUUGGGCAUUGUUCCAGGUGCUUCCUUUCAGUAAGAACGAUACUGGGAGUGAUUUCUUUGUCGUUAUUUAAGUAUAAACGAGUUAUAUCCCUUGGCUUAUAAAUUGCCCAGGGUAUGAGUGUGACCACUAGAGCUGUACGUGAGGUGAACUGAGAGUUUGUUGCAUGACAGGAGAAGUUUGUCCUUAUCUUGGAGUAGAAGCAGAUGUCUAUACUCUGUCACAGAACGUUUUAUAUAUUGAAAUAAACUAGUACUUUCGUGAA